GGGAAGAGUUGGUUGUGUACUGUCUUAGCCUGUCCCCUCCACUCAACACACAGAACACUAUUUUCUCACUCUAUCUCUUAAGACUCUAACAGUUUAAGUCCAAAAGCCACUACCACAUUGCCUUUUCUUUUCUUUCCUUUUGUUUCUGUGCUUCCUAUGCAUUUGUCUCUGUCUUCUGUUUCUUCUGUUCCCUCUUCUUAUUACCUUCAAAUGAGAAUGGAAUCAUACUUUGAAUUUCUUGUUAUUAUUUGAUACUCUUCUUUCUCUCUUUCUUUUCUUUCUACUCUCUUUCCUUCCCUUUCUCAUCUUUAAGCCUUGUUUGGAGUAUCCUCUAAUUCCUUUUAACAUCACUUUGUUGUUCUCUUCAUCCAAACAUCAAUUCCCUUUCAUGAUUAAAUAAAAUGACCUCAUUUUUAUGAGUUUUACUUUUUUAAAUCCACUUGGUGACACCCUCUUUGCUGUCUUUAAAUAAAGUUGUGAUUUUUUUCAUUUGGGGUGUUUUUUUUGUUGUUGUUGCUUGUUCUUAAUUCCAUUUAAGCUUUUUCAAGAAACAAAACAGAAUAGGUGUUGAUGGAAAUUGAUCUGAACCAUGAAGUGAUGAUGACUGAGGUUGAAAACAAGAAUGCAUUGUGCAUUAAGGAAUGUGAAAAAGUUAGUUGUUGUUGUUGUGUUUGUAGUUUGUCCCCUUCAACUUGUUCAUCUUCUACUAGUUCAACUUCACCAAUUGUUGUGUCUUCUUCUUAUCUUGAGCUCUGGCAUGCUUGUGCUGGUCCUCUUACAUCACUUCCUAAGAAAGGAAAUGUUGUGGUUUAUUUUCCACAAGGUCACUUAGAACAAGUUGCUUCUUUCUCUCCUUUCACAUCAUUGGAGAUACCAACUUUUGAUCUUCAGCCACAGAUCUUUUGCAGGGUUGUCAAUAUCCAACUACUUGCUAAUAAGGAGAAUGAUGAGGUUUAUACACAAGUUACUUUGCUUCCUCAGGCUGAGUUGGCAGGGAUGCAUAUGGAGGCAAAAGAAGUUGAAGAAUUAGAAGCAGAUGAAGAGGGAAAUGAAGGAUUACCAACAAAAUCAACCCCUCACAUGUUCUGCAAGACACUGACUGUCUCCGAUACCAGCACUCAUGGAGGGUUCUCUGUGCCUCGUCGAGCUGCUGAAGACUGUUUUCCUCCUUUGGAUUAUAAGCUGCAGAGGCCCUCUCAAGAGCUUGUUGCCAAAGACCUGCAUGGUGUGGAAUGGAAAUUUCGCCAUAUUUAUAGAGGUCAGCCUAGGCGGCAUCUACUCACUACUGGAUGGAGCAUUUUUGUGAACCAAAAGAAUCUUGUUUCUGGUGAUGCAGUUCUCUUUCUAAGGGGUGAAAAUGGAGAGCUGAGAUUGGGAAUCAGAAGAGCUGUUAGACCUAGAAAUGGUCUUCCUGAAUCAAUUGUUGGUAAACAGAACUGUUAUCCCAAUUUCCUUUCUUCUGUAGCAAAUGCUAUAUCCACCAAAAGCAUGUUUCAUGUUUUUUAUAGUCCAAGAGCGAGUCACGCAGAAUUCGUUGUUCCCUACCAAAAGUAUGUUAAAAGCAUCAAGAGUCCAGUAUCCAUAGGGACUAGAUUCAAAAUAAGAUUUGAAAUGGAUGAAUCGCCGGAGAGAAGGUGUAAUAGUGGUAUGUUGAUUGGAAUAAGUGACUUGGAUCCCUAUAGAUGGCCUAAAUCAAAAUGGAGGUGCUUGAUGGUUAGAUGGGAUGAGGAUAUUGAGACUAAUCAUCAAGACAGAGUAUCUCCAUGGGAGAUCGAUCCUUCUUCUUCUCUGCCUCCCCUAAGCAUUCAGUCUUCUCCAAGGCUGAAGAAACCGCGGACCGGUCUGCAGGUUGCCUCACCCAGUCACCUCAUCACUGCAGCCGGAGGCAGUGGAAUGAUGGGCUUUGAGGAGUCUAUAAGAUCAUCAAAGGUCUUGCAAGGUCAAGAAAAUGCAGGUUUUAUGUCACUAUACUAUGGAUGUGACAAAUUAACCAACAAGCCAGGUUUUGAGUUGAGCUCUUCAAGUCAUCAAAAUCUUGCAUUAACAGGAGUAGGAAAAGCCGUUACCUCUUCUGAGCAUAUGAAUGCUCACCCUUUCAGUUAUGCAGCAGGCUUUAUGGAAACCAACAGUUUUCCAAGGGUCUUGCAAGGUCAAGAAAUAUGUAAAUUGAAAUCACUUACACAAAAAGUCGAUUCAAAUAUUGGUGCAUGGGGAAAUAAUCCUAAUGUAAGUUGCACAAAUUUCAACCUCCGUCAAGCAACCAAACCAAACUUCCAAUCUGCAUAUUUUCCUUAUGGAGAUAUUUACAAAAAUGGUCAAGCUAACAUGUUUACCUCAAAGCACAUGAAUUUCCAGAGCGAUAACGUCUCAUUUAGCACGCCAUCGAUAUUAGCAGGGAACAUUAGAAAUGAAGUUGGAAGAUCUGAAUUAAAUCUUCCAAAUGAAGAUAAACUGCAGGACAACAUUUCUGCAUCUGUUUCAUUAGGAGCUACAAACAUUAAGGUUCCAAAUGAUAACAAUGUCAAGGGAAAGGUAAAUUCCUGCAAACUAUUCGGGUUUCCUUUGUCUGCGGAAACUAGUUCACAAAAUUUACAGAACACUGCAAAAAGAAGUUGCACAAAGGUUCACAAGCAAGGCAGCUUAGUUGGAAGAGCUGUUGAUCUCUCGAGGUUGAACUGCUACGUCGAUCUUCUGAGUGAACUUGAGAAACUAUUUGGCAUGGAAGGCCUUCUUAGAGACCAUGAUAAGGGAUGGAGGAUUCUCUACACUGACAGUGAGAAUGACAUAAUGGUUGUAGGGGAUGAUCCAUGGCAUGAGUUUUGUGAUGUUGUGUCCAAGAUUCAUAUAUAUACCAAAGGCGAAGUGGAGAAAAUGACAUUUGGGAUGACCAAUGAUGAUACUCAUAGCUCUUUGGAACAGGCACCAGUGAUUAUGGAACCUUCUAAGUCUUCCUCAGUGAGUCAGACAGAUUAUUCUCCAACAGUAGUUAGAGUCUAAAGUUUCAAGGUUGUUUUGAGUUUUGUGUUGGCCUUGCUUCUGUACAAAUUUAUUUAUCUAUGACUCUGUGUAUAGUUUAGUGCUGCAUGUUUGAUUACAACCAUUUGAGCUUGUUAGCUCAGAAAAAAUUGCAUGAUCGGUGGUAGAAAGAUUGGCAAUUAAGUGAACUAAACUAGGGAAAUAAGGGCUAGUCUUGACAUAAUGUAAUAUAAGACAUUACCUCUUGAGCUACUCUGUUCCCAUAUUUCAUGUCAUUAUAUUAAGGGUGGUUAAUGAUAUCUAGAUAUGUAAAAUACACCUUCAGAUUAGUCAAUCGAGACAAAAUUUAAGGA